AUUGUUUUGUUGAUUCAAGAUGGCAGAUGAAACAGACCUUCUAAUUUCUUCAGAUUUUACAAAACUGAAGGUCCCCGAUUUGAGAAAGGAGUUGAAAUUAAGGGGCCUAAGCACAUCCGGCAACAAAAUGGAUCUUAUAGAAAGACUACAAGACUCUAUGAAAAGCAAUGGAGACAUGAGCUCGAAAUCCGUUGACGAUUUAGAGGAGGACUUGUUAGAUGACGAAGACGAUGAGCACAUCGAAGCCAGUGAGUCUAUACUUGAACACGACUUAGAUGAAAGUUUAGUAACGACAAAACGAAAGCUAGACGAUGCAAUCGAUAAUAGCAAGCACGAACCCCCCAAAAAAGUCGUUUUGAACAGGAAUAACAGCAUCAUAACAGCAGAUGUUAAACCAUUAAACGAACCAGAAGAGAAAUCCCCCGAACAAACUUCUAACGGUAACAACAAAACCGAAGAAAAGAAGAUAGUUAAACUCUCGGAAUUAUCCGCUAAAGAGAGAUUGGAAAUGAGAGCCAAGAAAUUCGGCGUCACUAACUUGAGCACGGACGCCAAGAAAGCUGUACGAGCGGAACGUUUCAAGGAUAAUUCUUCAUCGAGCAUUACAUCUUCGAAUGUCAAUACAAACAUAGAUGUACUCAAACAAAGAGCAGCGCGAUUUGGCACGUCCGUAUCGAGCGUAAUGUCCGGCUUAGAGAACAAAGAGAAAAUGGAGAAGCGCAAGAACAGAUUCGGUGCAGAGACCAGCACGGUGGCCUCGUCAGAGAGCGACAAAGCCAAGCUUCGCCUCGAGAGAUUCAAGCAACCGAUUAAAUGAAUCGAUUCUAUUCGUUAAGUUAGAAAACCUGUAAAAAAAAUAACUUUGUUCGCUAUAAUAUUUUUUAAGUCCAACAAUUUCUUUCUAAAUAUAUUGUCAACAAUAAAAAGCGUUUCUAAACUGUU